AUGAGCAACAGUCCUCGUCCAUCUACUCCGACCCAUAAUAAUGGAGCGACGACGACGACGAUCCAAGACAUAGCGAUAGGCUGUAAAGUUUAUGUGACUGUUAACAACAAGGAGAAAACUGCCGAUCUUCCGGAAUAUCGAAAGGCAGAGGUUCUAUCCACUAGAAUCCAUAAUGGUAUUACAGAAUAUUACGUCCACUUUGUAGAAUUCAAUAAACGAUUAGACGAAUGGAUUCCAGUGGAAAGAAUUGAUAUCUCACGUGAGAUUGAAAAGUCAUCGGGAAGGAAACGCGCGAAAGGGGGUGGUCUUCGAGAUAGCGAUGCGCCUAAUUCUUUGGCUUCUCCACUUAGUAGUAAUGGAAACAGAACGCCGAAUAGAAAUCCGGGUGCAUCUGCAACAACGAUUGGUCAAAAGCGAAAAAUCUCAGCGAUGGAAGAUGUUCAUACUCCGCUAUCGGAACCAUAUCCUGAUGAAUUCGACAAUGAUCCCGGCAGUGGACCAGGAACACCCAAUGGUGGCUACACCGCGACGGCGGAAGGUAGUGGUCCACUCUCGAAAAAACAAGAACUUGAGAAACUUCGCGUUUCUGGAUCAAUGACACAGUCAAAUUCCGAGAUCUCACGUGUGAAAAAUCUCGAAAGAAUUCAUAUCGGAAAAUAUGACGUCGAGGCUUGGUAUUUCUCACCGUAUCCUGCAGAGUACGCGUCCGCGUCCACCAUUUACAUCUGUGAGUUCUGUCUGUUUCAUUUUAUUAGUGAACGCCAGCUACGCAGACAUCUAAAGAAAUGCAAUAUUUUGCAUCCACCCGGCAAUGAAAUAUAUCGUAAAGACGAUAUUUCGUUUUUCGAGAUCGAUGGUCACAAGCAGAAAACAUACUGUCGUAAUCUGUGUCUUUUGUCGAAACUGUUUCUCGAUCACAAGACGCUUUACUAUGAUGUCGACCCAUUUUUGUUCUAUAUUAUGUGUAAACGAGAUGCCAAAGGAUGUCACAUGAUUGGAUAUUUCUCAAAAGAGAAAGAAAGCACUGAAGGCUAUAAUCUGGCUUGUAUCCUCACACUUCCACAGUACCAGCGACAAGGCUACGGCCGAAUAUUAAUCGCCUUUUCAUACGAACUCUCAAAAAAAGAAGGAAAAGUUGGGUCACCGGAAAAACCUCUUUCCGAUCUUGGACUUUUAUCGUAUCGUGCCUAUUGGACAGAAGUCAUUCUUGACAUAUUACUCGAGACAAAAGCAAAUAGUGACGAGAUCACCAUCGAAGAAAUCUCUCAGCGCACGAGUAUCACCACUACUGAUAUACUGCAAACACUGCAAACAAUCGGCGCCAUCAAGCCGUAUAAGGGACAACAGAUUAUUUGGUUGUCAGAUGCACUGGUGGCUGCAAAUGAAAAAACAAAGGCGAAGAAUCAUCGAACUAUUGAUGAAAAUUUAGUAAUAGGAGUAAUAGGAGUAAUAGGAGUAGUAGUAAUAGUAGUAGUGGUAGUCGUGCUAAUGGCAGUAGGCGAUGACGGAUAUCUCUACUUUGAUUGGGAUCAGACAUAUGUUCCUUUUAUUCCUUCAAGAUCAACAACAGACAUGUCACACCUACAAACCUUUCAGUCCAAUGCAUCAACAGAUCAAAGUGAAGGCGAGACAGAAAAUCAGGUUUCUUCCGCCGUACAAGAUACUGAUGCUUCUGCUGAUCAAGACACUGAUGAUGACGCUUUUUUAGCUGAUUUAAGCGACGAGGAAGAGGAAAUUGAAUUAACGCAUCUACGAAUCACUGAUAUCCCUAGUCUUUUUCUGGAUCGAUUUGUUAAUUUAAAAAGAUUAUGUCUUCGACAAAACCUGAUCACGAAAAUAGAAGGCCUUGAAAAUCUAAAGUCUUUGAAGGAAAUUGAUUUCUACGAUAAUAAGAUAUCGUACAUUGAAAAUCUAGAUAAUCAGAUUAACCUUGAAUCAUUAGACCUAUCAUUCAAUAAAAUAAAAGUGAUCGAAAACGUUAACCACCUCAUAAAACUCACAAACAUCUACUUUGUACAAAACAAAAUAAAAACCAUCCAAAAUCUUGAAAAUCUCGUAAAUCUGACGAAUUUGGAGCUGGGUGCGAACAGUAUUCGGAAAAUUGAGAAUUUAAGUUCUUUCGUCAACUUGGAGCAACUUUGGCUCGGGAAAAAUAAAAUCAGGGAAUUAGAGAAUUUGGACAACUUGAAAAAUCUCAAAAUUUUGAGUAUUCAAAGCAACAGAUUGACGCGAUUAGAAGGUUUAGAGGGUUUAGUCAAUCUGGAGGAGUUAUACCUUAGUCACAAUGGGAUAAAGAAAAUCGAGGGACUAGAAAACAAUAAGAAAUUACGUAUCCUAGAUAUCAGUAAUAACUUCUUCACUAAAAUUGAAAAUAUCUCUCAUUUGUCCAAUUUAGAGGAAUUCUGGGCCAGUAAUAACCAGCUGAACGAUUUCCAAGAACUUGAAUCACAACUCGCACAUAUAGAGAAAUUACGCACCGUCUAUAUCGAGGGUAAUCCUCUGCAAACAAAUAACGAGGCGACGUAUCGACUUAAAGUGAAAACAUUAUUGCCACAAGUAAUUCAAAUAGAUGCUACAUAUACACAGUGA